GGAAGGACCGAGCGGAGCCGAGCGGCGCGGCAUGGCGGGCUCGGCGGCGCUGCUCCGGCAGUGCCCGCUGCUGCUGCCACAGAACCGCGAGCGGACGGCCUACGAGGGCUUCGUCACCGCGCAGGGUAGAGACUUCCAUAUCAGGAUACUCUUACCAAUGGAUUUUCAACUGAAAAAUGCAAGGCUAGAGUGUAGCUGGCACCUAAAGAAGAUACUGCAUCAAUAUCGGCAUAUUUUAAAGCAGAGGCUGCACAGCUGUCCAGAUCUCAGCAGCUUUAUGGUGGAGCUGAAAACUGUUUUGGAAAUUGCUUUAAAGAAUACACAAGACCUGCAUAUGCCACGGCCGCCAGAAUACUACUCCUGUCUCGUCAGAGAUCUAGAAAUACUAGGCUGGAAUAAAGUUGCAUACAUGGAUACUGGUCUGACCACAGCCAAGCUGAAAGCCGAAGACUCUUGUGGUCGACAGCAUCUCAUCACUCUAAAGUUCAAUGCAAAGUAUCCAACAGAACCACCGGAUUGCCUUGUGGAUUUUCCGGUUCCGUUUGCUGUUUCUUGGAUGCCCCAGAGCUCCUUACUGGACAUUUAUAAUCAGUUCCUGGCGGCACUGGAAUCACUAAAAGAAUUCUGGGAUGCCAUGGAUGAAAUAGAUGGGAAGACGUGGGUGCUUGAGCCAGAAAAUCCCACACGGAGUGCUACAACAAGAAGAAUCGCAAUAGGGAACAAUGUCUCUGUGAGUGUGGAGGUGGAUCCUCGGCACCCAGCCAUGCUCCCCGAGUGCUACUUUCUCGGAGCAGAUCACGCGGUUAACCCCUUGACAACCAAGCUGAACAACAACAUGCACUUGUGGGAUCCAGAAAUCAGUUUAUUACAAAACUUGAAAGACCUCUUAGAAAUCGAUUUCCCCUCUCGUGCUGUGUUAGAAAAAAGUGAUUUUGCCAAGGACUGUGGAAUCUGCUAUGCCUAUCGCCUCAACGGCGCUGCUCCAGAUCAAGUGUGUGAUGACCCCCGCUGCGGACAGCCUUUCCACCAGGCUUGUCUGUAUGAGUGGCUACAAGGUCUUCCUUCCAGCAGACAGAGCUUUAAUGUCAUCUUUGGUGAAUGUCCAUAUUGUAAUAAGCCACUGACACUGAAAUCUUCAAUGAAGAAACUCUGAGAAGAAACUGUGAUGGGAGCAUCACCACACGUGCACUGAAACCCCUGAGAUGGUGCCAUCAAAGCAAGUACAAGGAAAGUACUAUCAGUAGCAGGAGUACAAGUAUUGCUGUAGUGUAAUGGUAUGUUCUGUCAGUAAAUGCAAGCCUAAAUAUAGCAGAAAGAGAAGGACGAGUGAAGUCAGAACCAGUUUCUUGCCAUGACACAGGGUGAUCCACAGUUAAGAGUUGAUCGUGUUCCUUUCUGGAUUCUGACAAUAGUGCUUGGGGGCUGAAGGGGGGCAAUUCUCUUGCAGUGUCUUUCUGCAGGGAAAAAAUAGUAAUAAUAAAUUCAAUAUUGAGAUGUGAAUCAGAAAAACAAGGAUGCCAAAGAGGACAUCCAGUUAUCCCAGAGAAAGCAAUACCCUUCUUACAAAGCCUCAGCUCUGGCAUUUCCAAGUAGAAGUAUAUUGUAUAGUAAGUGUAUAACAUUAGGUGUGAUUAAACACCUUCUACAGAGCCAUACUCUAUAUUUGUUACUGAAGUCAACAGCUGAAAUGCUUCUCUAUCUUUAAGUCUUUACAACUAAUAAAGUUUUAGCCUGGAAACCCUCA